CGCGACUUUGAUGGUACGUCAUUUAUCAAUAUGUAAAGUAGUAUUUUAUAUUUUCAUCUGCCAAUGAAAUGAAAGUAAUGAAUCUAGGAACGUAACACAGUGUAUUCGUGAUUUAUUAAAAGAACAAAUGUUGGACAAAAUUUUUGGUUAAAUGUGAAAUGUUAUAAACAUAUAUAAGUAUAUAAAAUAUUUUUUUUAAAUUUAUAACAAGUAAUCCAGAUAAAACUAAUAAUUUAAUGUAAUAGUGUAAAAUGAUGUCAUUAAAAAGCAGUGAUUAGAAAAGUGUACCUUUUUCAAUCAGUCAUUACAACAUCACGAAGAUCAACAAACAUGGUUAAUGCAACACAUAUUCAUAAUAUUUGAAAAGUUUACAAAUUAAUUUAAGAUUUGUAUUUCUUUCCUUAUUUGUUAUUCGUUUUAUUGUUAUAAAUUUUGCUUACGACAGAUUUAUAAGUGAAAUAAAAUAUGGCCACCAAAAUAUUAUUGAAUGAAGUAAGAUCUAAUUUGAAAGCAAUUUUUCUUACCGCAAUAAAAGCUGUUUCUCCAAAACAAAUAAUAAAGAAUAAGGUGAAAUUAGAAAAUAAAACUUUAUACAUUGAAAAUAAUAAAUUUCCUAUAGGGGAAAAAGUUUAUUUAGUAGGUUUUGGCAAAGCUGUAAUGAAUAUGGCUAUAGAAUUAGAAAAUAUACUUGGCAAUCGUUUAGUCAAAGGUAUAAUUAGCAUACCUGAAAUAUUAAAAAAUUCUAUAUGGACAUUCGAUGAAACAUCUAGUUUUUCUAAUCAAAAAACUACUGUACUUCAAUUUCGAGAAGGCACUGUACAUAAUCAACCAGAUAAUAGAUCAUUAAAGACAACACACGAUAUUAUAGAUCUAGUUGAAUCAUUAACUGAGACAGAUACUUUAAUUGUAUUGGUAUCAGGUGGAGGAUCUGCAUUACUUUAUAUGCCAAGACCUACUAUAGAUUCUGAAGAUAAAAUACGUUUAUGUAAAGAAUUACAAAAUUCUGGCGCCGAUAUAAAAGAAGUUAAUGUAGUAAGACGAAAGUUAUCUAUGGUUAAAGGUGGUGGUCUUGCUAGAAUGGCUUAUCCAACUUCUAUUAUUUCUUUAAUAAUAUCUGACAUCAUAGAUGAUCCCAUCGAUUUGAUUGCUAGUGGUCCUACCGUUUAUAAUCCCAAAUCACCAGAAGAAGUUAUUGCCGUUUUAAAGAAAUAUAAUUUAUUUCAAACUGUGGAAAAUGAUUUAAAAGAUAUUAUUACAUCUACAGAAACUUUUAAUGAUGCACCUUUGUUAGAUUCCGAAAAGAAAUUCAAGCACGUCAAUAACAUCAUUUUAGCGAAUAAUAUAACAGCAAUUGAAGGUGCAAGAUUAGAAGCUUUACGUAAAGAUCUUGUACCAAUAAUAUUACAAAAUAAUAUUAAAGGUGAUGUUCAUGACAUUAGCUUAGCAUAUGUACAUGUGACAAACCUGAUAUGUCUUGCAUUGAACAAGACAUUAACUAUGGAAGAUUUUAUUACAAGUGUUAAUAAAUCAGAGAUCAUUUCUUUAAAAGCUGAGAAAGUAAAAGAAAUUUAUUCUGUGAUUGAAAAUGUUAACAAAAAUGGUGUAGUUUUAAUAGGUGCUGGAGAACCAACUGUUAAAGUUACUGGUACAGGGAAGGGUGGAAGAAAUCAAGAAUUAGCAUUAUAUUUCUCUUUAGAUUGGUUAGCUAAGGUGAAAACUAAUCCAUUACUAGCAGCUUAUGAUGUAGUAAUAUUUAGUGGUGGUACGGAUGGCCAAGAUGGACCAACAGAUGCAGCAGGUGCAUUUGGUUAUCCUGCUUUUGCACCAAUGGUAUAUGAAUUACUUGCAAUUUUAAAAUCAAAAAGAAUCCUAGAGCUAGCAGCAUCUCAAUCAAAAAAAACUGAUAAAAUUACUGAUGAAGUAAUCCCUCAAGAUCCGUGCAAACGAUACGUAUUCAGUGAUUAUUUAAAACCAAAAUCUAUUAAAUUAACAAAUCAAGAAUCAAAUGUCGAAAUGGUCGAGGAAAUAGAUGAUAUUGAAUUACUUGAUAUAGAUGAAUAUAAAAAGAAAUAUAAAACAGAAUUAAUGAUGAUGGAAGUGGAACGUAUGAUACCUGAAAAUGCCUUAACAGAGAAUGAUUCAUACAAUUUUUUUUCCCGUUUCAUGAAAGGUGAAAAUUUAAUUAAAACUGGUUUUACUGGUACGAACGUCAUGGAUUUACAUUUUAUUUAUAUAAAAAAACGUGAUUGCAUGUGUGAACUUAAUCCAAAGGAAGAGGAUUUAACAUUUACAAGUUUAGAUGAUCAUGACUUACAUAUUGAUCCAGCAACCAUUGAACGACAUAAAUCUUUACGCAAAAGUGCGUUCUUAAAAAAAGAUAUUCUGGAUGAGCCAAUAACUGAUAAAAUUGAUAUAGAAAAACUAAAUAUAAAAAUAAUAGAUGAAAAUUUACGUGAUCCAUGUUGUAACAAGCAACGAAAAUUUCAAGUGAUUAAAAAAGAAUAGUUACAAAAGAAAACAUAUUCCAAAAUAGGUGUAUAAAUGAAUAGCAGAUAAUCUUGAUAAUGUAUAUAAUUAGAUUUAUUAUUAUUACAAAUAUUCAAUAGGAUAAAUUUUUUAUUAAUAACAUUUGGUAUUUUUGAUAUAUGUAUAUAAAAACAAAAAAGUGUAUAGUAAAUAUUAGGCACAUGAAAGUGUUAUUACCUAACUUUAUUUCUCAACAUAGUUUACAAAUUUAAAUGCAUAUUUGUUGAUAAUCUCCACUAAAAUAAAGAAUUUAUUAAGUAGUAUCACAGAUUGAUUAAAAGAAGCAAAAUCACAGUGACAAAUCUAUAAUUAUUUAUUACUUAAUGCCUCGUAAAUUGUACACAGAAUUAAAGAGUAGUAGUCAGUACGCAGAUUAUUUUUUGAUUAUAAGAUGGAUGGUGUUUUUUUUUCUUUUUCUUUUUUUUUGUUUUUGUUUUUUUUUUUUUUUUUUUUUUUUUUCUUUUUAUAUAUAUGUAUAUCUGCAAUUACAUUUUAUUUACAAUUUUAUGAAGAAAGUAAGAUAACAUUAUAUGUUAACAAAAUAAAAAAGUUUUUUAUGAUCAUA